CUAUUUUGGUACACCAAACGCGACUCGGUACUUGUUACAUUAUAAUACAUUUGCAUUUUGUAAAGCUACUGUAAAUAUAAUAUAGUACUAUAGCAGCCUUCGUGUUACGUUAAACGAUGAGUAAAUUCCAGGAAAAUAUUAAACACUUGAUCCCAAGACCAAAAACACCUGUCGUCAAACCACCGAUGUACCGCUCAAUUUACACGGAGUCUGUAAGGAGGACAUAUAAGUCAAACAAUAACCUUCAUAAAACUAUGGGCUAUGCUGAAGUUGAACUCGAUCCACCGUCGCAAUUUCUAAAAAAACACACCAGAAAAGAGAUGAGACCAUUUGUCGAAAUAAAUAAAACCAAAUGCUGUGCUAGAAAAUCAAUUCAAAGACCGUGCGACGGCGCAACGACAAAUGCUUCUAAAAAACUACCAACAAAAACGAGGAAAAACAUUAGACAAACUAACAUCAUUGAUGUUAUAAGGAGGGUGCCACCAUUGCCAAAGCAUCGGGUCCAGGACACAAGAAAUGGACACAUAAUUGUUUUGAACGAAGCCGGUUUGGAGCCCACAUAUGUGUCUAAGAAGAACUAUGGAAAAACACCGUCAUACAUCGUUAAAAUGUACAAGGAAAAAGAAAUGGCACAACUGAUGGAAACUGAGCGAAAGCGAGCUGUAAAACCGUCGUUGCGUUAUUUGCCCGAAGACGAACGUAACGAAUUAUUGAACGGAUUGAAGACUAAUUGGGCUGAACUUCACAAGGAAUUUUUACUGUUGCCAAUGCUCACUGACACGGUACCAAAAAUGAAAAGGAAAACCAUGUUGGAAAAGCAACUGAAUAACUUAGAGAAAGACAUCGACCUGUUAGAGAGAAACCCUUCUAUUUAUGUGUGUCAAGACAUAUAAUAGGUCUAUUAAAACUUUCAGAAUAUUCUACAGUCUAAAAAUAAAUACCACAAUUAAAUAUUAUUUAUCAUUCUUAUAUUAUCAGAUUAUGGUAUUAACAGUAUGGUAGGUAUAACAUUAUGAAUUAUGAUCUAACCUUUUUUUAAUAUUUUGUUUUCAAAUCGCAAUUUUUUGAUGAUGAUGAAUAUAAAUCAUACUGAUAGAGUUAUAUAUUUUUCAUUUCUUAUAGCAAUUACUUCUGAAAUAAUAUUGAUAAUCUAAUAUAUGUUUUUUAUUUAAAGUCUUUAAGUUAAUUUUCUGAUUAAAUAAGGAACCCAUAAGAUUAAUCAUAGAUAUUACCUAUGAUAAUAAAUAAAUGUAUUAUACUACCAACUGAAUUGUAUGCACUUUUAAAAUGGAGAUUA